AUGGACGUUCUUCUGUUUGAUCCGACUUUGUCAACAUCCACCGACAGCUUGUACGUUGCAAGCAAUCAUCUUGGGUUCCGGCACCUACUCUUUGCCAAUUCUUCAGAAAGUUGCGGAAUUCAACAAGAGGUAGGCCUCUGGUGGAAGGCAGUGAAACUGGAAAGCCUUGGCAGCCUCAUCCGGUUCCAUAGUGAUGUAAGUAUUCGCAAGCCACAUCGAGUCUCAACAAGUAUGCUUACUUUGGAACGUGAAGGGUUUAAAACUGCGCGAUCUUACCGGUAUUGA